CCGAGGUUGCGACACGGCCUGGCCCGUCCCAACCCCCAGCUCCGCCCGCCAGUCCCGGCUCCCCAACUCCGUCGAUCCCCGGCUCCCGCUCCCCACCGAUCCCCGGGACCCCCGGGUUCCGGGACCCCCGCUCCCCGGAACGCCCGGUCCUGGAGUGUCCUCUCUGGACUCGGUCACCACCGCCCCCACCCUGAGCCCCAUGGGGGAGUGAAGACCCGGCCCGGGCCGAGGACAUGGGCCGACCCGGCCCGUCCGGCCCGCUGAUGCUGUUGGGCCUGGUGCUGCUGCUGGCGGGGCUCCCCCGGCCCGGGGCUCAGGUGUUGGAGACCGGCCUGAAGUGCCCCAAAGGGAAGUAUCCCUCAGGUAACAACACCUUCUGCUGCACCAAGUGUCACAAAGGGACGUAUCUGGUGGCCAAGUGCCCCGAGCCUGGCCGGGAGUCAAACUGCCAGGUCUGUGCCCAAGGGACCUACACUGCCAUCGAGAACUUCUCUAAUAACUGCCUCAGCUGCCAGCGCUGCCGUAAGGAGCUGGGGCAGGUGGAGAAGUUGCCAUGCACGCCUGAUAGGAACACGGAGUGUGGCUGCCAGGAGAACCAGUACCGCCUGGGCAGGGACCAUACCUUCCGUUGCCGUAACUGCAGCCUCUGCCUCAAUGGCAGCAUUCUCCACCAGUGUGUGGAGAACCGGGAUGCUGUGUGUCUCUGCAACCCGGGGUUCUUUCUGAAGGAAAAUAAGUGUUACCCCUGCCACCACUGUGAGGAUGACCCCGACUGCAAGAAAUUCUGCCCCAAUAGUUCUUCACCCAUCCAAGGGUUGGAGCCAGACAAUAGUGCCGUGCUCAUGCCCUUGGUGAUCUUCCUGAGUUUGUGCUGUUUCUUCCUCGUCCUCGUCGGGCUUGCCUGGCACUUCCAGCCCCUCAAGUCCAAGCUGACCUAUCUGGCUGUGAAGAGAAUGCCGCCAACCCCCAGAGAGCCAACCGGAGUGCAGAUCGUGUCCACGCCUCCGUCCCUGAGCCCCGCCUCCGCCCCAGCCCUCGUCCCCAGCGAUUGGCCGCCAGAGCGAGUGGGUAGGCCCCCGUGGAGCAUCGAGGAAGUCCCUCCCCACCCGCCUGCCUCCGCUGCCACCCUCACUCCUGCCCUCGUCCAGGCUUUGCCUAACUGCCUCAACGUCCUCCGCCCGGACAACCCGGCGGUGCUGUACGCGGUGGUGGACGGCGUCCCGCCCUCGCGCUGGAAGGAGUUCAUGCGGCGUCUGGGCCUGACGGAGUACGAGAUCGAGCGCCUCGAGCUGCAGAACGGCCGCUGCCUACGCGAGGCGCAUUACAGCAUGCUGACGACCUGGCGCCAGCGCGCGCCCCGCAAUGAGGCCACGCUGGAGCUGCUCGGCCGCACGCUUACCGAAAUGGACCUGCGUGGCUGCCUGGAGGACAUCCAGGAGACCCUGGCCCGAGGCCACGCCCCCUACGUCCCGCUGUCCCUGCCCCCACGGUGAGGCCUGGCUCGCCAUCAUGAAGACUGCCCGGCGCUGGGGGCCCUCCCCCGCCACACCGACCCGGGGUCACGUGUUGCUCCUGCGGGGUUAGGGGCCAGCGCCGGGCCUAGGCCCGUGAACCGGAGGCCGGACACCACGAUGUCACGCCCGGGGGUCGGGGGGCCACUGUCGGAUUGGUGAGUGGCAGAGGCCCGAAAGAGCCCCUCCCUCUCCCAUCUGGAUGUGUGAGUGGGGAGGGGGCAUUCGGGCCGCCACUGAGCGCCUGCCCAUCCUCCCGCCUGACCGCCCGCCUGUUCACCCGCCCACCCUGCACCGCGGGCCGGGCCCGGCCCUUCAAUUCUUUGUACACUACCUGGGGCGGGCUCCUCGCCGGCUCUCCCGCCCGGGACCUCACCUGUAAAUACACUAAACGCUCAGAUUAAAGCUCAGACUAUCGGA